UGUGUUCACCUCAACACGUCCCCCCUGUCGCUCUACUGAUCUUUAGUUCCGGGUAGCACUAACGCUGAGGUUGUCACGCCGCAUGUUAGCAAGAUGACGGGUCCAGAAAGUAAAAAAGCCUCUUCUCCCGGUGUCAUGAACUGGUUCCGAUCAGCUUAUCGAUUUUCAACGGACAGAAACGACUUCCGGCGAAAUCUUCUGGUCAAUUUGGGUUUGUUUGUCGCUGGAGUCUGGGUGGCGAGAAAUCUUUCCGACUUUGACCUGAUGUCUCCUCAGCCUGUGGCAUAAACGGGUCUCGACUCCAGCACCACUACAGUUGGGAUGAUGAUGGUGUUUUGGACCAAAAAGACGCAUGGGACAAAAUGUCUUUACACCUUUGUUGAAAGUUUUAUAAAUUAGGUUGUAUACAUGAAUAUGUUGUUUCUUUUUUUCCACAAUCUCACUGUAACUGGCAGGACAACAACAACAAGUCACUGUCUCUGUUGUCACGACUUCUUUUUGUAGCUUUUAUUUAUUUUUAUUUUCACCUGGCUGUUUUCCAUAUGUAAAAUGCACCAGAAACAGGUCUUGUUGCUAACACUGUGCUACA